AGUACGAACAUUUCGCAAUACCUACACUUGUUGAUGUUAUUUUUUAUCAAAAUCUUACGUGUUAUUGGAAGAAUCCAUGUUUUAAAGGUAAUUAGAACUUGAUCAACAAUAUAUCUCACUAAAAUAUUACGGGUACCGGGUUUUAUAGUUAUUGUUUUAUGAAAUAAUUCAAAGUCGAGACCUUUGUCAUGGCCGACUCAGGAGUGGACACUGGAAAUGAAAGUAGUGAUAACCCAGUUUUCGAUCAUUCGUACUGUGUUUUCGAAAUAAAUCCACCCGCAAUACCCAUCAACCUAGCAGGCCAGCCGAUGCCUAUAGAGUUUUUCGGCGAGCCACAUGAACAUAUAGGAAAAAUAAAAUGUUCGACAAGGGCAAGACAUUGCAGACUUAAAUACAGAUACGGCGGCACUAUCUGCUCCUCCAGAAACAAAAAGCUUAGAUUUGCAGCCUCUACAAACAACACAGAACUCGUCGAGAAGCUGAUUCUAUCGGGGGCAGAUCCCAACAGCUCAGAUGAGCAUAAAAGGAGUCCACUGCACUUGGCGGCAUGUCGUGGCUACGUCGACGUAGUGAGGACACUCAUUAAAUAUGGAGCCAAUCCAAACAUCAAGGAUACACUUGGGAACACUCCUCUGCAUUUAGCUGCUUGUACUAACCAUAUCCCUGUUGUCAUUGAAUUGUUAGAUGCGGGAACUGAUGUAAGUUCCAAUGAUAAGAAUGGUCGUAAUCCGAUCCAGCUUGCACAGAGCAAGCUCAAACUCAUUCAGAUGCGUCCCAAUAGAGUGGGCCACCAUGAAGAAACAAAGCAUUUGAUCAACGAAAUCUGUCUAGUUGUGGAGAUGAUGCUCAAAUAUAUGAAAAUACAAAAGGCUGAUGCUGCCGAGAUAGAAUCUGUUCGAGAAAGGUUAGAGAAUGUAAGCACAAGAGAGCAGGUCGAUUCGGAAGUGCAAAACUUGCUUGACAGCCUGGAUAGUCUAAAAUUAAGAUAAGCCUAGAUUAAAAACCAGAGAAGACUGUUUAUAUCUAAGAAUUGCCAUUCGCCAGACACAAAAAUGCUCACAUGGUGGUAUAAUAUUAUGCUCAAAUGAUAGCAACAUCAUCAUUUUAUAAAAUGUGAACACUAAAUUGCACUAUUGUAAUAGUCUAAAGAUUUUUUUUAUUAAAGUAUGUUAAGUGUUAGU